AUGCAGUCUGGCAGCUCAGCCUACGCUGCCGCUGCUGCUGCUGCAGCUGCUGCAGCUGCUGCUACCCACUGUAUUCCCAAGAGGGAGAACCCCAUGACCGAAGAUCAGUAUCACAUUCUGUUGCAGCACCUCAGGCAUUUGUCGGGCCACUCUGGGCCGUGUCUCUUCCAGCAAGAAAAAAAGCAGGAGCAGCAGAAACUGGACUGGCAGCAGCAAAAGCAAGUCGCAGCACUGCUGCAGCAACAGCCCAUAAGCCUACUCACGGAGGAACAGUUGAAAGAGGCAGCGCAACUCUAUUUACAGCAACGGAUGGGCCUACAGCAACAAGGGACGCACCAAGAAACCCUGCAGCCUGUGUAUCAGCAGCAGCUCCUGUGGCAGCAGCCACAGCAGCAGCAGCUGUUGGUGCAGCAGCCCCCAUAUGGUGGAGUAGCAACAGGAGGCAUCGAUAGUAGUGCCCUGCCUCAAAUUCAACCGCAGCUGCACCAGCAACAACUACAACAGCAGCAAUUGCAGCAUCAACAGUUACAGCAGCAACACCAACUGCACCAGCAACAACUACAGCACCAGCAGUUGCAGCAUCAAAGACUGCAGCAGCAACAACUGCAGCAACAGCAACUGCAGCAGCAAGUGCAGCAGCAGCAGCUGCUCCAGCAGCAACAGCUACUUCAACAGCAACAGCUGUUGCAACAACAACAGCAACAGCAACAGCAGCUGGAGCAGCAACAGCAACAGCAGCUGGAGCAGCAACAGCAUCAACAGCAACCCCUCUCAUGGCCUCAGCUCCAGCCUCAGCAGCAGCAGCAACAACAGCAGCAGAGACCCCCUACGUCUAGUGUGCAGCAGCAGCACAGCAGCGGGUCUCUGGGGGGGGGCGGCCAGUGGGUCCCCCGCCGUAGCGAGAGUCUGCUGCAGGAGCUGCAGGGUGCCUCUUCUGAGUCCGCGCUUACUAGCCGAAACAGGUUUGACCCUGUUGCUGAGCAGCAAGGGCAGGUGAAAGUCGGGAGGCACCCAAAGAGCAGCGACAGGUCUGCGCACGACAGAGUUAAACACCCGAGAGCGCCGCCACAGGGGGGAAGAAGAGAUCAGUACAGCUCUUUCGGCGAGGCCGUUGCAUCUACUGCCCCUCCUGCCGCUGUUUCCCCUCCCUCAAAAAACGGACAGGAAGCUCAGGUUCGCAAACGAAGCACUUGGGGCCUCUCCCGUAGAAGGAAGAAGACUGAGAAUGACUAA